UACUCUCCUUCCCUCCACUAACUCAGCUUUUGUCCGCAAGUACCAAAAAUACUCGUCCCGUUCCGUUUCGACUUUCAACUCAACACACCACCCUCCCCGUAGGCCGUAACGUUGCCCACGUUGCUUUCGCAAUACUUCAAAUGGCUGUCAAGCAGUUCCAGCCACCCAGGAUAAGACUCACCCCAAUUCCACCGGCUUGACCGCCAUUGAUUCACCGCUUUCCAUUCUCAAAAUUCCCCACACACACACACACACACACACUCCCUCCUUCCCCGCCUCUCCCAUUCUCAUUUCACUGUCUUCUCCUACAAUUGCCUUCCAUUCUUCCUUACCUCCUCCGGCUUAAUCCACCUUAUUCUCUCGUUUAACGUUAUAAUGCUUCAAAACUGGUAAAAUUAAUCAACCGGGUAUUUCAGUUACUCCAGAAAUUACGAAGGCUUAGCUUCCAUUUCUCAUAACUGAUCGGAUCAUCAUCGAUUGUUUCGACUUCCACUCGAUGGAGCUAACUACAGGAGGUUCCACUGGGUUCAGUCUCACUGGUGAACGCGAUCGGGCCGCACUUGAAUCCGUUCAAUUCAACGAGGAAAUCGCGCGAAUCAUAGCCCCGGCCCCAGAAAAUCUUAGCUCGUUCACUGCACUUCUCGAACUCCCCGCAGCGCAGGCCAAGGAGAUCCUCCGCUCGCCCAACUCUGACAGAGCCGCCGCGGUGAUCCGCGCCUUCGGGGAACCCUUGAGCCAUAUCAAUGAUCAGAAACCCCACAGAUUUCAUUCUUUCAGUGACACCUUUAGACUCCCUUCCAACACUGCUUUGAUCGAACGCUCCGCUAAGCUUUCCGUAUUUGCUGAAGAAAACUCGUCACCGGAGGAGGCCAACUUGGCUCCACUUAGUUCACGAGCAAAUUUAAACAGAGUGAAGCAUGAACCCCCGGAAACCGAUUCAAAUCCGAAGUCCACCUCUAUUAUCGCCUCUAACCCCCCGAUUGAGAACAAGAACGAGAGGGCCGCAAAGAGGAAGGAACGAGAGAAGAAGGUAUCUGUAAAUGGAAUUGUGAUCAAGCAAGAGUUAGGGUUUCUGUUUCCGAUGAUUUGGAUGAAUUUGGCGCUUGAAACAUGGAACAAUGACCGAAUCUUUAAAAUACAGGAUAAAGAAUCCUCGAAGAAGAGUAGAAGCGUCGCCGAAGAAACAUCCGGAGACGGAGAGAAACUUCCAUACAUUCAUGUUCGAGCUCGUCGCGGUCAGGCUACAGACAGCCAUAGCUUAGCAGAAAGGGCCAGGAGAGAGAAAAUUAACGCCCGUAUGAAGCUUUUACAAGAGCUGGUCCCCGGCUGCGAUAAGAUUUCAGGAACAGCGUUAGUUCUGGAUGAAAUCAUCAACCAUGUUCAAUCUCUUCAACGUCAAGUGGAGUUCUUGUCAAUGAAACUAGCAGCAGUUAGCCCAAGAAUUGAUUUCGACCUUGACAGCAUAUUGGCCGCCGAAGGUGCAUCUCGAGUGGACUGCAACUUCCCCGACAUGGUUACAGAGCCAGUGUGGAAGGAAGUUCCAGACAACGGAAAUAGACAGCAAUAUCAACAACAGUGGCAAUUGGAUGCAUUCACCCAACCGAUUUGGGGAAGGGAAGAAGAGAACCGGAAUUUCAUGACCCCAGAAUACUCUCUCUUGAGUUAUGACUCGUUGGCAAAUUCAGCCUCUCUGCAGCCAAAUCAUUUGAAGAUGGAGAUGUGAAGGAAGCAGCUGGCAGUGGCAGUAGACAGUAGUGUAUAUAUGAAGAAGAGUAUUAGCAGUAAUUAAGUAGAGAAUUGAGCAGCCUCAACAUUGAGCUGGGUUUCCCUGUCUUCUAUUUGCCAAGUCAGGCGGCAACCUGGAUUUUCCUCGAUCACAGAGGAAUAAGAACUGGUAAUCUAUUCUUAUUGUUAUAUUAAAAGAUAAAGUAUUACUAUGCAUACCUAACUACGCUCCCCGGGGAGGGGGUUCAUUGGGUCAAGUGAUUUAUGAGCCGAUGAUUGAUUUGGGUUGUAAAAUUAUGGAACGAACUGUUACUCAAUUAUCAAGGGAGCUCGUUGCUUUGUGAA